UUAUUUUUCGAUUCUCGCCGUCUUUCAACAGAGUCUGCUGCUUCUCUCUAUUCUUCAUCUUCAAGAAGAAAAUUAUCUCCGGAGACUUUAUAAAGGGUUUCGCGGAGUGAGGCCUGAGCUGGGGCGGAGGAAAGUUCCGCACUUUUGGCCAACUUGAAGUAGCAGCACUGUUUACACAAAGUUCGCAGAGGAUGGGGGCAGUGGAGCUUCUAAAUGAUUCCUCGAGCCUAUAUACAGAGGACUAUGUGGGUAACGUUGAUUUAUCUGACAUGGGUCUGGUGCAGACCUUGAGAAAGGCCCUUACGUCUGUCAAAACUGGGGACUCAGACCUUUACCAUCAGAUUGUUGAAAUUAUGAACAGGGACAUGAAAGAAUUUCAUGCUGAUCCUGAUGCAGUGGCACAGCUUGAGACAGUCUUGAAGGCUCUAUCAGGCUCUGUAUCUUGCAUAGAUAUCGCUCACCAUUCUAAGCUUCUUUCUGCGCUUUUUGGAAUGAAAUUGUGGGACUACAGACCUAAUGUCAUGGAUGCAUUGGUGAACCUAGUCAUAUCACUGGCUAUCUCUAGUGGAAAGUAUCUGGACUCUUGUCUUAAUAUGCUCAUUUGCAAUUUCCUUCCACCUCAUUGGGUAAUAAGAAAUCUUUCGAACCCUCGUGUACUAAACAAGAAGAUAGAAGUUCUUUCUCGGGUGCAUGCAGCGCUUCUGAAAAUCUCUAUUUUGGUUCCUCUUACUCCCUCAAGAUUAAUGCCAAUGCUCUCCCAGAACAUGCCCAAAAUAUACAAAAAGGACCAUUUGAUAGUGGUGUAUGUGGAGAACUUAUUAAAGUUGGAGAAUAGCUCAAUUGGACGAGUUGGUGGCAGCAUGAUUCUUGAUGUGGUGGUGGAGAGACUGCGAGAUUUGGAUUUAGAGAUUGGAUGGGAUGAUAUUCCACAAGAUGACUCUAGUAGAGGAAUGUUUGAUAUGGAACUUGAAGAUGCAGUUGAAGGCACCAUCAAUGAAGGAGAUGAGCUUCCUGCGAGACCUCUAAAUCAGUAUAAAUCAGGUGGAAGUAUUGCCUCUGAGUUGUUGGACAAAUUGAUGGUCAUAGCUUUUGAGCAUCUUGAAUCCUGUCAAAAUGAUGGUCGGUUGGAUCAGGUGUUUGAAAAUCUCUUCAAGUCAUUUGAAAACUUCAUUCUGGACACAUACAAAUCAAAAUUCUCCCAGUUUCUGAUGUUCUAUGCCUGCUCACUGGAUCCUGAAAAUUGUGGUGUGAAAUUUGCAAGUAAGCUGGUGGACAUUUUUCUCUUCAACAAGUCUCCAGCUACUAGAAUGAGUGCCGUGGAUUAUCUUGCUAGCUUCUUGGCUCGCGGAAAGUUUCUACCUGUUUCCUUUGUGGCUAACAUGUUGAAAAGGUUGAUAGACGAGUGUGUGGGUUACUGCAGAACUUGCAAUGAUGAUAUUAGGCCUGAAGUACAUCCGAUUUUCUUCUCGGGAUGCCAGGCAAUCAUGUAUGUGCUCUGUUUCCGUAUGAAGUCUAUCCUGGAUGUUCCUCGCUUAUGGUCCCAGCUUACACCAUUGGAGUCAAUUUUAAUGCACAAACUAGACCCAUUAAGGGUAUGCCUUCCAUCGGUAGUUGCGGAGUUCCUUAAACAAGCUAAAGCAGGUGGUCUGUUCAUCGUCUCUGACUCGUUCAUUUUCGAUAACCGACUUGAAUCAGAGCUUUCCAGUGCUUUUGGCGGGGUUAAUAGGCUUGAUACAUUCUUCCCUUUUGACCCUUGCUUGCUCAAAUCCUCAAACAGCUUUAUCUCCCCGAAUUUCAUCUACUGGUCAAUGGUGAAGGCGACGUAUGACGAAGAUGAAGAAGAUGAGUAUGAUGCUGAGGUAAUCGUGAAUGGAGACGAGGACAGUGACGAAGGGGAGGAGGGUGACAUUGAUUAUGCCAUGAACAAGAUGUCCAUAACCCCUAAGCACUCUUUCAAGAAUCAGAUGGAAAAAGACAGGCUUUUAAGAAUGCCUUCCAGAAUCAGACCCUCCACAAGUCCUGAAUCCUUGUGAUUUUCAAUAUACUACAAUUUUGUAGCAAUAUGUAACAGUGAUCGCCUCAUAACUUAUUAUUGUGUGAAACAAUGUCUUUUUUCUUUCAAUAACUACUGAUGUUGUGAUGGGUUCA